UUGUCAAACUGACUGCUAACGUGACGUGCGUGAGUGACCUGCAGCACGUAAACAAACAACUUUUACCGCAAUAAUAUUUAUUUUAUUUUAUGUAUUAAUUAAGUGAACAAGUGAGAUUCGGCAGAGUUCGGAGAUCAGUGCGGAAACAUUGUCUCAGACAUGUCGAACGUUGAAAACCCUCAAAAGGGAAUUACAGACCGAAAUAGAUCAAAAGUUGAGACACGAUUUGUCUGCAAACCUCUCGAUUGUUACAGUGAAGUAAUGCUUUUCUUAGAAAAUCCACCACCUUGGAGAACUUUAUGUAAAGAAUUGACACCGCAUAGUGACCAAGUAAUACGAAAUAUAGAAAUAAAUAGACAUUCCCUUUAUCGUACACUCGAAAAGCCCGAAAAUUUCUGUCAUUUUGAUCCAGAUGCAGAUGAAGUCAAACGACACGACUCUAAAGACUUACCCAAGACAUUGCUAUGCCAUGACAUGGCUAAUGGCUAUCACGACGAUAGUAUAAUUGAGGGAACCAGUCAAUUUGAUGCAUACACAUUCUACAACUGGGCUGCCAUUGACAUAUUCUGUUACUUCAGUCACCACCUGGUGACUAUACCACCCGUCGGGUGGAUCAAUGUUGGUCAUGCCCAUGGGGUGAAAGUUAUUGGUACUAUAAUUUCCGAGUGGGCAGAGGGCAUCACAUUUUGGGACGAGGUGCUAGCGUCCGAGGCACAGUAUCGAACUGUAGCUAAUGCACUGGUGGCCAUUGCCAAGACCCUGAAAUUUGAUGGAUAUCUACUUAAUGUUGAAAACAAGGUGAACAAGCCAGACAUGCUGCUGCAGUUUGUGCGCUACCUGCACCGGCUGGUGCACGAGGAGCUGCCUCAUGGCACGCUCAUCUGGUACGACAGCGUCACCGUGCAGGGCAACCUCAACUGGCAGAACAGUCUCAAUGAUAAGAAUAAGGUGUUCUUCGACGCGUGCGACGGGUUCUUCACGAACUACUCGUGGUCGGUGGAGGACGUGAAGGCGAGCGCCGAGCAGGCGGGCGGCCGCCUCACCGACCUCUUCGUCGGCAUCGACGUCUGGGGACGCAACUUCUUCGGUGGCGGACAGUUCAACACGCAGUCGGCAAUAAAGGUGGUUCACGCGAUGGGCUGCUCGAUAGCGCUGUUCGCGCCCGCGUGGACGCACGAGGCACUGGUGGCCGACAAGCCCGACCAGAACAACGUGGUCUUGGCCGAGGAGCUGAGCCCCUACAAGAAGUACCUCCUGCGCGACCGCGCCUUCUGGGGCAGCAUCUGGCCCUUCCUGAACACGCGCGUGCCCUGCCACUUGCCCUUCCAGACUUCCUUCUGCCGAGGACAGGGCAAGAAGCGCUGCCUCUACGGCGAGGUGCUGAGUCCGUCGCCGUGGUACAACCUGCGCCACCAGCAGUACCAGCCCAACUCCGCGCACGGCCCUCACGGCUACCUGCUCACGUCGGUGGAGCAGCUGGCCAAGGUGCAGCGCCAGGCGCAGUACAAGGACAAGAAGGGCAUCAUCCGCGUGCGCGCCUCCUUCCAGCAGAGCCGCCACGAGCUGCACACCGUCAGCAGGGAGGCCGCCCAGCACAUCAACGCUAGCCAGUCCGACCCCGAGCCCAGCGCCGACAGCUCGCGCCGCGCCGACGACACCUCCUCCGACACCGCCUCCGAGUCCGACUACAAGACUAACGUCAGAAAUAAAGUGAAGGCCUUGAAAGACAUGUUUAAACAAAAAACCACGAGAAUCAUGAGUCCGGACGAGGCGAGCACGGCGCAGCCGCGCGACGGCGCCAGGUCGAGCGCGGCCUCCAGCGUGGGCUCCAGCACGGCGGCCAGCCAGGCCGACCUGUCCAUGGUGCAGAUGUCGGUGAACCUGCGCCUGGGCCAGAGCGACAAGUCGCGCUACUGCCUGGGCUACGUGCGCGACGAGCGCGAGUGCCUGGAGCUGUACCACUACGACUGCUUCACGGGCGGCGCCUGCCUCAAGGUGUCGCCGUCCGACAAGAUGUGCACGGAGCACCGCAUGACGCGGCUGCUGUACUGCGACUUCCCGUGCGCGGAGGCGCUGGUGGUGUGCGUGGUGACGAAGCGGCUGAGCCAGUACGCCGAGCAGACGCUCAACGUGCGGCUGGCGAUGCGCAACGCGGCGGGCGAGGAGCUGUGCGUGGUGCUGACGGGGCGCGCGCUGGCGCAGACGGCGCGGCUGGACGCGCGGGCGGCCGGCAUCAAGCACGUGUACCCCACCGCCCGCGCCGCGCUCGCCGAGCUGCGCGCCUACCUGCUGCUCGCGCAGCCCGGCUUCUACGUGCCCAUCGACAACCUCUUCGGCUGGACCGUCAGGUACUACGAGGUGCCGGUGCCGGGCUCGCGCGUCACGUCCAUCAACCUGCGCACGGGGCUGCCGCAGGGCGGCAUCCUGCUGGGACACCUCGGCAUCUGCCACAAAACGUCUGAGGCGUGGAACAGCGUAACAUCAGCUCGACAUGACUCCGGAUUCACCGACUAGUUCUGCUCGCAUUACAUAUUCCUGGAUAAUUGAAUAUUUAGCCACAUUUUAUCAUUGCUAAUCUUUAAAAAAAAUAAUUACUAUAGUAUAUACUAUUUUUUGAAAUAUUAUAUUAUGUACAAAUGAAUGAUUAAUAUAUUCAAGUUGUUAUCAA